CUUUUCUUUUUUCUGCUUCUUGCGAGUGACAGUGGGGGAGGGACGGCGGGAGAACAGAAUCGGUGGUCGAGAAAGAACCCCUAGAGUUCGUGGAGGGGUUUUCGAAGCCCUUUUGCUUUUUCCGAAGAAGCUCCAAUCUCUAAGAUUUAUUUCAUCAUCGCGGAGGUUGGAACAACUACAUGCCGGCAAGAAUCAAGGCCUUCGUUCCCUUGAACUGAACAGCAAAGUACGCGUUUGGAACAACCCGAAUCAUAACAAAUUGUCUAUGUGGGCAAGUUGGAGAGACAGGAUUGACCUGACUUAGAGCUUGAAAAAGAAACUGGGAGCAUGGGAAGCGAGUCUGCUGCACAGCCUAAUCUAGCAAAUGGCUCUGAAUCAGUGAUGAAAUUGGAAGAGGAUAAUCAACAUGCUACAGGGGAGUCCUUAAAAGAAAAUAUUGAAAAUCCAGCUUUUGUGAAUACAAUACCUUUGAGAGAGGAUCAAGUCCAGAAUGCCGUGAAAUUUCUGUCACAUCCAAAGGUUAAAGGUUCUCCUGUCAUCUACAGGCGUUCUUUCCUCGAAAAGAAAGGCCUGACAAAGGAGGAAAUUGAUGAAGCCUUCCGGCGUGUUCCUGAUCCACCUUCCAAUGUUUCAAGCGCUCCUGUGACUUCAACCCAAGAUGCCCAGUCGCAGCCUCCAUCAGUACCACAGCCUCAGCUUGCUGUUCAAACUUCAAAACCUUCAACUGUACCCCCUGGUGUUACUACGUCAGCCUCAAAAACGUCUCUUCAUUGGUCCCAUGCCCUUCUUGCUGUGGGACUGCUUGCUGCAUCCGGAGCUGGGACUGGUGUGCUUGUUAAGACUGUAAUCGUCCCCAGGUUGAAAGCAUGGAUACGUAAAGUUGUAUCGGAAGAUGAAGAUUCUGGAAAGCAGAAGAAUUCAAGACCAGAUGCAAUUGAAGAAGCUGUAGCUGCUGCUAAAGCAGCAGCAGCUGCUGCAGCAGAUGUAGCAAAGGCAAGUCAUGAAAUACUGACUGCUAGAAAUGAAGAGAGGAAGUACUUUGACCUGGUUACAAAGCUUCUGGAUACACAAGUAGGGGAAAUGAAGUCUAUGCACCAUGCACUUCGUAAAAUGGAAGGAACAAUUGACAAUUCUCUCACAGUCAACAAGCAGACAGAGGAAAAACUGCAUACAGAAUCAUUUACCGCAUCAAAACCUGCAGCAUCUGCAUCUAUGGAGUCUGCAGCUGCUCCUCCACAUCCAAAAUCCUAUAUGGAUAUAGUCGCAAUGUUGCAGAGAGGUGAGAAACCUCCUAAUAUUCAGGAAAUUGACGAUAGACCACCAAACCCGAAUCAGCCACUACCAAAUCCCCGUAUCUUGCCAAAACCUAAGCCGUGGGAGGUCAAUCAGACACGAACCACUUAUGAAGUUAAGCCAGUAUCAGGACUUGAGUCCAAUGGAUCUGCUCAUUUGAAUGGUGGAAGAUUAGCUGGUUCGACUGUUGACUAUUCUGAGCCUUCAUGGCAGCGAAAGACCGUGAAAAUCAGUGAGAUAGAGCCUGAAAGAGCGCAGAUGCAGAUGGCUGAUGAGGUGACACUAGAUGACAGGCCAGUUCACCGAGGUUGGGUUCCACCUCCGCCACCGCCUUUCGCCAUGCCUGAAGCUGCUGAUGCUAUCCGUCGGCCAAAAUCCUUGAUUCCUAAGGAGCAGAUGGUUCCACAUUCUGGCGUCACGGAAGAGAUAGAAACCUUAGGAACCCAUUCUUCUUCUGUUGUUUCUGAGCUCAAGGAGGUCGCAGAGUUGCAGAAAGCAAACGUGGAGACAUCUCACAUGAUUUCAAGUGGCAGCAGCUCGUACAGCCCAGAGAUUGAAGAAAGCGUGGCUGGAUCGUGAAGGGAGACGUCUUGGUGAUAAAUAGAAAAGCAGUUUGAGUUAUGAUCCUCGUGCUUUGCAACUUUCUGCAACAUCCUGUAUCUUGUGGAUCUCUUUGUAAGACUGAGAAAUCCUUAUUAUAGAACAAAAUAAAAGAAGUGUCAUAACUCAGAGUUUUCACCCUCAAAAA